AUGGGAUGUUGCAAGUCUACUCCCCGAGUCCCGGGACAGCAUGAGAACGGCUUCCAGGAUAUGGGGCCUCGGCCUCACAGCGAAUCCCCACCACCAGUAUCCGGACACCACAGCCCCCAAAACGUCCAACUUGCCCAGGGAUCAACCCCUCCUAUGAUAGCCGAUCCGAACACCGGGAGCGGGCCUCCUAUCGUUUUUGAGCCGCCCGAAGUUCGUACCGAGGCGAACCCGAUUACACCAGCAUCUAGCGGGGGUAUUGAUGAGCACAUGCAAGAGCCUCCUGCGACUCAUGGGGGGUUGAUGGCAGAGACCAGGGAGGAACCCAGGGUCAUCUCCAACAAGCAGGGUCCGUCCGGCUCGAGUUCCAGUUCGAGCUCAACCUCCAACUCAAGCAACGCUAACAACAGGGGCAAAGUCUAUGAAUGA